AUGGCGCUGCGGCGCCUCCUGCUGCUGCUGCUGCCGCUGCUCUCGCUCCAGACCCUGGACCUGCUACCCGGUGCCCAGGGCGCCCGCGGCCGCGCCGCCAACCGGACCCUAAGCGCCGCGGCCGUCGGGGGCCGGCGGCCCGGGGGCGCCCUGGCCCGGGGUGGCCGUGAGCUGAACGGCACCGUCCGGGCGCCCGGCGGCCCGGAGGCGGGGAGCCGGCGGGGGCAGCCCGCGGCGGCGGUGGCGGCGGCCAACGCGGCCGUCACCUACGAGACAUGCUGGGGCUACUACGACGUGAGCGGCCAAUACGACAAGGAGUUCGAGUGCAACAACAGCGAGAGCGGCUACCUGUACUGCUGCGGCACCUGCUACUACCGCUUCUGCUGCAAGAAGCGCCACGAGAAGCUGGACCAGCGCCAGUGCACCAACUACCAGAGCCCGGUGUGGGUGCAGACGCCCAGCACCAAGGUGGUGUCGCCGGGGCCCGAGAACAAGUACGACCCGGAGAAGGACAAGACCAACUUCACCGUCUACAUCACCUGCGGGGUGAUCGCCUUCGUCAUCGUGGCCGGCGUCUUCGCCAAGGUCUCCUACGACAAGGCCCACCGCCCUCCGCGGGAGAUGAACAUCCACAGGGCUCUGGCCGACAUCCUAAGACAACAGGGACCAAUCCCCAUAGCACACUGUGAAAGAGAAACUAUCUCGGCUAUUGAUAGCUCUCCCAAAGAGAACACACCGGUCAGAUCAUCCUCCAAAAACCACUACACCCCCGUGCGCACGGCCAAGCAGACUCCAGGACAUUAUGGGAAGGAUGCUCACCGAAGUGGAGGACCUGAUCUCCAUAACUUCAUCUCGUCUGGAUUUGUCACGUUAGGAAGAGGACACACGAAGGGUACAGUGGAAACCAUUUUUUACUAAAAUACAGAGGUUGCCUAGGGAACCCUGAUCAGAGAUGCGAAGACGGUGUGGAGGCCAGAGGCUGGUCUGGGACAGGAUAAGUGGGGAGGUUCCCCAGCAGCUUAUCCUGGUGACAUGCGUGACUUCUGACAGCAGUGACCGGGAGGUCACAAGUGUGACUUUAGGAGGCAAUAAUAGACUUCCAAGAGGCACACGUCCUGCCACCCCUGGCGUGGAGCAGGACGCAGAGGCUGGAGGCUCCCCUCGGAGGGACCCGGGGCGGCGUGGUGGGAAACACAGCCCAGAGAUGCGGCAGCAUCUGCCAAGUGUUUCUCCUCCUCUUGGCUAUUAUUCCUCUUCUGUUUUAAAGCCACCCUUUGUUAACUGCUGUCACUCACUGUUCUGUAUCGUGGGUCUCUAAGCCAGCACACAUGUCGAGAGUUUCGUCAUCCUAAGCGCAGCUGCGUAAACUCUCUCUGUGAUGGGGACACAAAGGUAGAGGUUAUGCAGACCUCCAAGCCGCAAGAUGAAAGCUAACGUGGCGUUUCUGCCGAGCUGCUUUCUGACCUAGCCAACAGCUUGCAGAGCAUCUGUGCAGGGGCUGUGGCAUCUUGCGUUCGGCCUUUUGUUUAAGCUGAGUUAUGCUAGUGUUGUGAGCAUUCUGUCACACCAACAGGAACUGGAUCCCUCAGUCCUCUGCUUACCUCUCUCACACCUGUGUACUGUUAUAGACAACUGUGAAUCCUGUUGUAGGGAUGCUGUAUCCCCGUCUUCCUCUGAAAUAUGUGUCUGUUUUAAGUGUGAGUGAACAAGGAACUCUACAGUUUCUUCCUUACCUUCCGUGCACCCAAUUUUUAAAUCCCCUAUGUGAUGUUUGUUCAUCCUGUAGAGAAAAAACAACAACAACUCUGUAUCUGUGUAUGUAUUUUCUGUUGUGUCUCUUUGUGUCUAAAUAAAGUUUAUCGAGGAUACAGGUGGCAUUUGUGGCUACUAAGAGCUGCUAAGAAUCAAACUGGGACCUGAUGGCUCCGGAAGGGGAAAUGGGCCUCACUGUUAGCCAGUGAAAGACACGGUCCUAGAGCUACUCAUAUCAACUCAAACUGGGAUAUAUGACCCCAUGUCAUCUGCUUUGUGAUACUUACCUCUCACUGUGAAACAAAUCACUCUAAAAUGUAGUUUUUUCAAACCAAU